AUGGCUACCUUUUUCUCUGAUACCCGCCUGACCGAUAAGCCGCUAAAUCAAUGUGGUCCAGACCAUGUUUGCUCUAUUAUCCCAGACUACCUUUUAGAAGACAUUGCCGACUCUGAUGGGUUUUCUGAUCAGGUACGCGCCUGCGCUCGGAAAACCCUUAGAUACACCCAAAAUAUUCGAAACACUCGCUCGUCGUUCAUACCUAACCAUUCUGCUCAUGUCGGCCAUCCUAUUGGGCCUUCCUACAUACUUCAGGAUAUCAUCGAUUCGGAUCAAACCGAGGAGGAAGAUGAACUCCGGGCUCAGAAAACUCUUGAGCAAUCUGAAGCAAUUCCCGUUGCUCGCAGUGCGCCGCGAGGGCAUUCACAUCGAAUGAUAUAUGAUGUGGAAGGUACUAACCGUUUCCCCGGAAACCGCAUUCGCUAUGAAGGCCAAGUUGCAAUCCAGGACUUAAGUGCCAAUCAGGUAUACGACUUCUUCAAGGACAUAUUUGAUUUCUACUGGCAUGCAUAUAAGCGAGACUCCAUCGAUGAUCACGGCAUGAGUCUAAUUGGCUCUAUUCACGUUGACGAUUUAGUACCUCCACCAGGUUUCAAUAACGCAUUGUGGGAUGGAUCCCAAAUGAUCUUUGGUGACGGUGAUGGCAUUAUAUUUACGAGCUUCACCAAGUGCCUCGACGUCAUUGCCCAUGAACUCACUCAUGGUGUGACACAGUAUACUGCCAAUUUACCUUACCGCCAACAGUCUGGUGCCUUGAAUGAACAUAUCUCAGAUGCUUUUAGCGCUAUGGCUAAACAAUGGAAUCUUAACCAAGAAGCUCAAGAUGCGGAUUGGCUCAUUGGAGAAGGUAUCUUUGUUCCUGGGUUUACCGGGCGUGCCUUGCGGGACAUGAAAGCUCCGGGCACGGCCUACGACGACCCCCGGCUACGGGCUAAGGACCGACAAGUCGGCCACAUGGACCUAUAUGUAGUCCUACCCGAUGACGAUAUCCCACGUAACGACCAUGGUGGAGUACACAUCAACUCUGGAAUUCUUAAUAGGGCCUUCUAUCUCGUCGCUACCGCUCUAGGUGGGCAUUCCUGGGACAGGGCUGGGCGGAUCUGGUAUACGACUCUUCUUGAUCCUCGACUUCGCCGUUUUGUAAACGAUUUAAGUAAUUGGAAUAAUUGUUUUUCUUUCUUCGCUGGUCUCACCUGCACUCAUGCAGCAGAGUACGGUGAGGAUGUCCAGGCUAUUGUCAGACAAGCUUGGGAAGGGGUUGGGGUUGGGGCUAGGCCUGGAGAUGUCCUACAUGAAGGCGGGAUGCCUAUGACUCAAGUUCGGAACGCCUUAUCAUAUCUCGAAGAUGGACAACACACAGUGAAGAUCAAUGUCGAUUGGCAGCUCCAAGAGUUUGUUCGCUAUGGUCUGGACAAUCCACGGGAUCUUGAGACGGUCCUGACAAUCACAGGCGAACCGGAAGAAGCCUAUGCCUGUUCCUGCGAGGACUACGUGAAGUUUGCUUGGGGAAAGAAUACCAGCAUUCCAGAAUUCUUCCGAGCUUUUGUGGCUUCGGAGUAUAUCUCUUCGGCCAAGGAGUUUUCCUUCCGCUCCAGCCAAUUUAAUGUCUCCGCCGUUGUGGAAGUUACCGCUUCCCCGAACGGAUCUGAGAAGUCCACAUUCCAAGUAGAGGCAGAAAGAGAUUGCCUGGUUGAGGUUUGCGAAUGCCUAUCGUGGCUUGCCGCGGUCUGUAGACCUCCAGAACCAAGCAGCAUACACGCUUCCAGCGCAACCUUCAAGAAAGUGGAUGUGAAUUACUUCACAAUUCGAAUGGAACCCUUACGACCUCUUCCUCCAUCGGGAUCCCUAGCCAGCAUUGGUUGCUGCUGGCUCAAUAUGUUCAAUGGAGGAUACGUCCUUGCUAGGGGUUUCCCUGUACCCCGCAGAAAAAGCAGCCGUGGGAUCGAGUUGCCAUUGGACAUGAUGGUUGAGCAAGCCAUGACGUAUCAUACCAUCAGUCACAGAGGGAGUAUAAUCCUGAAGGGCAGCAACACAGCGCUUGUUCCAAUCUCAGUCGACGGGAUUGGAACCCUUGAUCAAGCGGAAGAGGUGCAAUGGCACCUCAUUGGCAAGAAACCAAAGCUGGUUCAUGUUGACCUUAACGUAACCGAAGGCUAUUACUUGACCGACGCUGAAUUUUCAACAGGAGACCCAGAUCUAUGUUGGGAGGCUAUCGACCAAAGAGGCUUGAAAACGUUGGCCGUCAAUAGCCUUCAAGGGUUCUCUGGAAAGCGUCAAUUUGUUGGGUACUUCCCAAGGGCUCAGAAUCUUCUUGGGACUAAAGAAUCGGGAUACGAAAAGGUUGAGAGAUCGGAUGCCAAACUCGUGAAAGGAACUGUGAUAAAAUUUGACCAGGCCAUAAACGUUACCGUGGGUACGAACUUUGGUACUGCUGGCAUCGUCAGUUUGGCAUUCUCUGAAAGAAUUCGGCGUACAAAAUACGACAAUACGCCGAAGCAGAUCCCAGCAUUCAUUGGGGAUCAGCUACGCAACCGAGAAAAUAAGGCACACAUUUUGUAUGAUGUUGAGAAAAAGACUGCCUGGAUGAUACCGGAGGCAUGCAUCAUUCUGUAUCUGAUGCACCGCUGGGCUUCCUUACAGAAUCCACCAUCAACCACCGACGACCUGCAGGAAGCACCCCAUGACCCGUCAUCUCCUCAACAGAGUGGCCGAUCUCAACCGUCUAAUUCUCGGCAACAGGCUCCGCUGGAGACAUAUGGGGGCCCGGUUCUGGGGUACAUGCCAUUCGUAGGAGCGUCUUGCAACAGCGGGAAGGAAGCCACGAAUGCUAUUUGGAGGAAGAUUUCUGUGCAACUCCCUGAAUAUGUACGAUCCCCUGAGAAGCCAGAAAAGCCGGUGCGCGUCUGGGACAUCGUCGCUAGGAUGUAUUUGAUUAUCGACGCGUUAGUUGAGCAUCAGAAACGCAAGAAGCCGGGGUUUUUCAGACGCCAAAGAGAUCGUCCUUACCUGUGGGGAUAUGAGUUUGCAGAUGUUGCCGGGUCUGACAAAGCACCUGCGAAGGGGGUUCGUAUUGACAAAGCGAGGUCUGGUGGUUGGUACGCUCUUACCAAACCACAUUCUGAAAUUGCCAUACUCUUUGGCAAUAAAUUCGGCGACCCAAUCAGGUACGAGAGCGGCCAGGCGAUUUGUCAUCUAUGGAAAAGUGUACCCGUGGGGUAUGACUUUCUCUCCGCUGACAGCGAAGCCCUGAAAUACCUCGAGAUAUUGAAACAAAAAGGUCUUUUCGAUCUCGUCCUUUCCGAUGAAAACUCCGGGACUUAUAAAAGACACGAGUCCCAGCCAUGCGGGAAUGAGGACUGGCCUUGCUGUAAUAUGGCCUUGCAGCUGAUGUCGAGGUCACGAAGGGUGACAAUUGAUGUAAAGAAGGGGGAGGCGGUGGUCAUCGGAAAAGCAGGUCCAAGGCUGAUAAAACCCGCCGGCAAGGCAUCCCAAAAGCCGGGACGGAGGCGCUUAGAGGAUCCAGUCGAAACUCAAAGUAUCAAAAGGCGCUUAUCCGAAAUAAACGAACCACCAAACGGAACCCCGAGUGGACAAGCUUCUGAUGAGCGGGUUGAAGAUGACACAGCCACUGAACCCGAACAGUUUAACAGCUCGGAUGAUGCGGAAUACUUGAGCUGCGACGAAUAUUCUAGCGUGCCUUUCGAAGACGACUCGGAGGCUCGGGAAAAGAGAUCGAUCCGGAACGGAGUGUUACAAGUCAGACCUACGACCUAG